AUGCUAAAGUUAAAAAGGGGGAUGAAGGAAGAUGAUGGCCCCAUUGCACACACAAGUGGAAACACAUCAACUAGCAAGCGCGGUGAUGAAAACCGAGAUGAGAAGAAAAAGACAAGUGAAUAUGAGAAUUUGCCCAAGGGAUUUUUCGAUGAUAAAGAAAAAGAUAUAAUGGUAAGAGAAAAUAUUUCCCUGUCUAAGAUAAACCAAAAGAUUGGAGAAAUUAAAAAACAGAAAAAGAACAUUCUGCUGGAGUUUAAGAUGAUGGAAAAUGUGUACGAGGAGAAAAAGAACAGCUACAUCGAUUACUUGUAUGAUGAUAAGUUUGAUGACAAGGAACACAUUUUGGAUGAAAUUGUGAGGAAGUCAACUAACCGGGGGGUGGUAAAAAUGGACACUGAGGAGGGUAAACAGAACGAAAAAAAAAACAAAAAAAAAAAGAAAGAAAAAAAGAAAGCAAAAAGGAAUACAAAUAAUUUCCAACUUGAUGACGAACAUGGGGACAUUUUCCACUGGAGGAAUAAAAGCCUUUUUUAA